AUAUUUCGGUGUCACCCCUGCAAUCUACCCCAAUCAGUCCCACGCAAAUCCUGAAUGGAUUUGUGGAUAAAUCCUUCACUUUGCCAGCUUUAAAACCACAAGGAGGUACUUAGGGAAAACCUGCUAGCUCUUUGGGGACCUUGAGUCGGUGUCCUCAGACAGAUACUUUCUCCCUUCAGGCUAUCCCAGCCUCCUUUGCUCCUUUAUUAUAGGAAGCGGCAAGGCGUGUUUAUUACUCUCCGCAAACCUCCGGCCUCGGUGAGUUUCUCCCACGCCUCCCAGGCCAAAGCAGAGGGCCGAGCCUGUCCUUGGAGGACUGAGACCAGCGCUCAGCCCGCCCAGCCGUGAUAAGAGCAAGCAGGGAGAGUUGAGGAGAAGGAGGCGCCCCUUUCGCAGGGGAGGAGAAGAGGGCAGGCAGGGGAGGACUGGGGGUAAUAACAUCGCCGGGAGGGCGAGGGAGACUGUCUGAAGGCAGUGAGGGAGCCGAAGCGCAGCCAUGGCAAGCGCCAAGAAGCGUGGCGCCAAGAAGCGUGGCACCAAGUCCUCAGAAAUCCAUGUGGACAGCAAGAAUAUACUACAAUGCAAAGAUGAACAGCAGAACAUCACUGAAAAAGACGCCCUUGGUGAAAGGACCAGCCUAUUUGAUCCAUCUGUGGAAUACAAAAUGAAACACAAGAGAAGAGGACUUGCUUUGAUCUUCAAUCAUGAGAGGUUUUGCAAGUGCUUGGAGUUACCAGAAAGACGUGGUACUCAUGUUGACCAAGAUAAUCUGAACCGCAGGUUGACUGAACUUGGAUUUGAAGUGAGAUGUUUUGAUGACCUUAGGAAAAAAGAAAUAAAGGAAAAAAUUUCUAAUGCGUCCAAAGAGCAGCAUGACGAUGCCGAUUGCUUUAUGUGCGUUUUCCUGAGCCAUGGAAAAAAUAACAAAGUUUACGCUUAUGAUGGUAAAAUAAAGAUACAGGAUCUGACCGAUAUGUUCAGAGGUGAUGAAUGCUCUAGUCUGAUAGGAAAGCCAAAAAUAUUCAUAAUUCAGGCAUGCAGAGGAGAAAAACGUGAUGAUCCGGUCUUUCCUAACGAUCCGGUUGAUAGCGUUACAGACCGCUCACUUGUCAAUGAAACCGAAGUUGACGCUGCUGCAGUUUAUUCUUUACCUGCUGGUGCUGAUUUCCUCAUGUGUUAUUCUGUGGCAGAAGGUUUCUAUUCCUACCGGGAGACUCUAUAUGGUUCUUGGUAUAUUCAAGAUCUGUGUGAGAUGAUACAAGAGCAUGGUACUUCCCUGGAAUUCACAGAAUUACUGAUGCUUGUUAACAGGAAGGUAUCACAUCGCAGGGUAGAUAAAAGCAGAAAUAUUGCUAUUAUAGGGAAAAAGCAGAUCCCUUGCUUUGCUUCAAUGUUAACUAAAAAACUGUACUUUUACCCCAAAUCAUAGCAGCAUGAUGGAGUAAUUAUUAUUUUUGGCUACAUAGGUUGUGGCAGUGGUGUGCUUUGCAGGAAUCAAAACAUAAAGAAUACCGUACUGUUAAAAUAGAUCAAUUUUAUAUCCACUUAUCUAAAAUAUGCUGCAUUAAACUCAAUGAGAGUUGAUUCUGAAUAGACAUAUAGAAUUGUACCGAUAAUUUAAAAUGUGUGUUUAGUUAGUAUAUAGUCUAUUACUUAAACUCAGAUCUUCAGGAAAUGGUUAAUUAAAAUCAUUAGAUGAGCAGAUCCAUGCAAUAAAAAUCACAGACAAUAAUUGCAGACUCGAAAUGGCAAACAGAAAUACAAAUUCUGCAUUAAAAAUGGAAAAAAACAACUGUGAAGUGUAAUAACUCAGUCAGAAAUACUUUUUAUACAGUCUUUGAACUAGUUAGCUAUUCUGCUAUGCUCAGGGAAUUUUAAAAAUAGGUUCAGACUUGACAUUGGGAUAAUAAAGGAAGAGUUAAACAAACUUUAUCUGUCUUUAGGUUUUACAUUUCAUAAUGGAUGUUAUAAUGGAUAUUUUGUACUAAUUGCUAAAUUUUUAUACUUUUGUUUCAACAUAGAUAGUAAUUGUCUUGUGAGAAUCAUUUUCUUAAUCUGUUUGUACUGCGUAAAUGUUCCCCACCCACUUUAAUAUUUUGGAAAAAUGAAUUAUGCGACCAAUAUGAUAUUGUGAUUUCUUCAGUUUUACAAGCUUCUGCUAACUUGUGGAUUACUGCAACUUAACCGAAACAUUUACAUUAAUUUGUGCCUGUGAAAAACCUGUUUUCAUAAAUCAUUCAGGUGGUAUGUAUGCUACAUAUGUAACUUAUUACAGCAUUGAGAUAUUUUGUGCAAGUGUGAAAGGAAUGUUUUCUUAAGAUCAUAAACAGAACACCCAGAAGACAUCCAAAACUACUAUCUGUUUUUAUUUAGCUCAUUAUGAAAAUUACAUUCAAAUAUCGGAAUCCCAGAAUAAAACCAUCCUUUAAAAACAUUGUCUUGUUUUAUUAAGAAUGGAUUGGCCAUCCAA